AUGAAUGCCUGUCUCCCAUGUCGAAAAGUAAAGAUGAAAUGCCGGCAAGGCAGCCAACCGGCUUCUAAAUGCGAGCGAUGCGCGCGGAAGUCUCUUGACUGCGUGUUUCAACAGCACCGUAGAGGCCGAAAGCCUGGGACAAAGAUCUCCAAACGGACCAUGCCUGCAUUGCCUUCCGCAUAUGCGGCUGUAAAGAAGACUCCGGACUACAGCGGUGACACUCCAUCCAUUGCAGAGAGCGUGCCCGCUGAGGAGCCUGGUAACUUGCAGCCGUCAGGUUUGCUCAAUCAGGAAGCAAUGAGAGGCAAGUUCUCGCUGCGACGAAUACUAAGCACUACAGAAGGCGAUGCAUUAGAGCCUCCUGAAAGAUCCUCCCCGAGCCGACCAGAAGACCCAAUUGAGAUGGGCAUACUAAACCUCUCCGUUGCCAAAUCCCUCUUCGAAAAUUUUAUUGUUGUUCUCAACCCGUACAUCAGCCAGCUUGAUCCCAGUCUUCAUACCUUCUUCUAUGUGCGCCAGAAGUCCUCCUUUCUCUUCACAGCAGUUCUGGCAAUGUCUGCAAAGACGUUCAACCCUAUCGUGUACAAUGCACUGUAUAAUCAUGCGCAAGACCUAUACACUGAAAGUUUUCGAAAUGGCGCCAAGUCGACAGAAAUUGUCCAAGCCAUCCUCAUUCUCACCUACUGGAAGCAGCCGCAAGACACACGAGCGUGGACUUCCUUGGGAUAUGCCAUUCGCAUGUGCAUGGACAUGGGAUGGCACAAGUUGACUGCGUACUCCACAGCUAGCCGUGUUGCUAUGGACGAGGCAAGGCGACGAGAAGUUCGCAAUGUUGAGAGAACGUGGUAUGUGUUGUUUGUAUAUGACCGAAGUAUCAGCCUUCAAACAGGACGACCGUGGAUGAUUGAGCGAAGCGCAUUUAUAGAAUCAAUAGAGGCCUGGUGCGGUGACCCAAUCGCUGAUCGAAACGAUGAUUUGCUUGGUGCAUUUGUUACUUUGAGACUGAUGAGCUCUUCAAUAUUUUCUCUACAUGCUCCCAGCUCUCGACGAAGCGAAAAGGUGCCAUUGGAGAAUAUGGAGGCUCUGCUUUCGCUCAAAAAAGCCAGCAUUGAGAGAUGGGAAAGCCAUUGGGUCCAAAACGUGGAACGAAAGCAGUCGCCAGAAGAAGAGACGUGCCACAAAUUCCUGAUCCGAUUUUAUGGCACUCAUUUCCGGCUGCAGCUCUUUUCUUUGCCACUACAAGACGUACUGUCCUCAGAAUACUCAGAUUCAUCUCUCCACUUGGACAUAAUAUGGGCCGCAUUUACUGGAGCCAUGGACAUGUUGAAGUUAAUAUCGCGUCAUUCAGGGCAACUGUAUUUUGCCCAGGAUUCGAUACAUGUUAUGACUGCAUAUAGCGCGGCUUUCCUUGUCAAGUCCAGGAGAUAG